AUGGGGAAGCGAAUGCAUGACGAAGCAGGUGAUGGGAGGUAUAUCCAAGGAGCCGACAGGAGCAGGUCGAGGAGGCGGCAGAGCGAGGAGGCAUCGCCCCAGGAGCAGCAGAGGGCUCCCCCGGUCGCGGGAGGCUUCAACGGCAACAAAGCCCCCGGGCUGAAGUACGAGGAGAUUGACUGUCUGAUCAAUGACGAGCACACCGUUAAAGGGAGGAGGGAAGGCAACGAGGUCUUCCUGCCGUUCAGCUGGGUAGAGAAAUACUUUGAGGUUUAUGGGAAAAUUGCUCAGUACGAUGGUUAUGACAGGUUUGAAUUCUCUCAUAGCUACUCCAAAGUAUACACACAGCGAGCACCUUACCACCCCGACGGGGUCUUCAUGUCCUUCGAGGGCUACAACGUAGAGGUUCGAGACAGAGUGAAGUGUAUAAGCGGCGUCGAAGGUGUGCCGUUAUCCACGCAGUGGGGACCUCAAGGCUAUUUCUACCCCAUCCAGAUUGCACAGUACGGGUUGAGUCACUACAGUAAAAACCUGACGGAGAAGCCGCCUCACAUCGAGGUGUACGAAACGGCCGAAGAGAAGGACAAAACGGGCAGGUCCGCGGACUGGACGGUGCCGAAGGGCUGCUCCCUGUCCACAGUGUCUGAUAAAGCCAAGUUCACUAGCGUCAAACAGUUUGUCGCUCCAGAAAAUACCGAGGGAGUGUCGCUGCAGCUUGGGAACACCCGAGAUUUUAUUAUUUCUUUCGAUCUCAAAUUCGUAACGAAUGGGAGCGUUUCUGUGGUUCUCGAGACGACGGAGAAGAACCAGCUCUUCACCGUGCACUACGUCUCCAACACCCAACUCAUCGCUUUUAAGGACCGAGACAUCUACUACGGCAUCGGUCCCAGGACUAGCUGGAGCACCCUCACCAGAGACCUGGUCACCGACCUGCGGAAGGGGGUCGGCCUCUCGAACACGAAAGCCGUGAAGCAGACCAAAAUCAUGCCCAAGAGAGUGGUGCGGCUGGUAGCGAAGGGUAGAGGCUUCCUCGAUAACGUCACCAUCUCGGCCACCGCUCACAUGGCGGCUUUUUUCGCUGCCAGCAACUGGCUGGUGAGGAACCAGGACGAGAGGGGCGGCUGGCCCAUCAUGGUGACGAGGAAGCUGGGGGAAGGAUUUAAGUCCUUGGACCCGGGCUGGUACUCGGCCAUGGCGCAAGGACAGGCCAUCUCCACGCUGGUGCGGGCGUACCUGCUGACAAAGGACCACGUGUUCCUCAGCUCGGCUCUGCGGGCCACGGCGCCGUACAAGCUGCCGUCGGAGCAGCGCGGGGUGAAAGCCGUCUUCAUGAACCGGCACGACUGGUACGAGGAGUACCCCACCUCGCCCAGCUCCUUCGUGCUCAACGGCUUCAUGUACUCCUUAAUCGGGCUGUAUGACUUAAAAGAAACGGCAGGGGAGAAGCUGGGGAAGGAGGCCCGGGUCCUCUACGAGCGGGGCAUGGAGUCCCUGAAGGCCAUGCUUCCCCUCUACGACACUGGCUCAGGGACCAUCUACGACCUUCGGCACUUCAUGCUCGGCACCGCUCCCAACCUGGCCCGGUGGGACUAUCACACCACCCACAUCAACCAGCUCCAGCUCCUCAGCACCAUAGACGAGUCGCCCAUCUUCAAAGAGUUCGUCAAGAGGUGGAAGAGCUACCUGCGAGGCGGGCGGGCAAAGCACAACUAG